AUGGGAACAGAGACAACAUGGCACGGUCCCAAGGUAGGAUCCUGCCGGUACAGACACAUCGAUCCCGAGCAGACAGCUUGGGAUCCACCGGGCCAGGAUACUCCUCGGACCCUGCCUGACCACUACAGGUGCAGGGGAGAUAGCAGACCUGUCUGCACACUGAGGACAAGAUCACAAACAGACCACGCGCAGUUCACGCACACCAACAAAUAUCCCUCGUCCACUGAAGGGGAAGCUGUACCCGGCUUGCAGUGCCACUUCUCCAGGGCGGCUGGCAGAGUGUCCUGGGGUCGCCUGGACUCGGCCACCUACGCGAAUCUCACCUGGAGCCCUACGUCGCUGCCCAGCUACAGCCAUAAAGCCCCACCCACCCUGCACCUUCUGAUUGGCUUAGUUUCGGCCCUCGCAUAUUCACUUCCGGAUGGUGACUGUACAAGAUCAUCUUCUGGAAUCUUUGAGAGAAAUGGAGUAGGGAUUCAUACCACUCCUGAUGGAAUUAUUUACACCGGAAGCUGGAAAGAUGAUAAGAUGAAUGGCUUUGGGAAGCUCGAACAUUUUUCAGGAGCGGUAUAUGAAGGAAAUUUUAAGGAUAAUAUGUUUCAUGGAUUUGGGACUUACACAUUCCCAACUGGGGCAAAGUACACUGGAAAAUUCAAUGAAAAUAGGGUGGAAGGUGAAGGACAGUAUACUGAUGUCCAAGGACUGGAAUGGUGCGGGAACUUCCAUUUCACCGCUGCUCCAGGCCUGAAACUAAAGCUGCUCAUGUAG